GACACAUAAAGCAAAGGAGAGAACGGCAGAGACAAAACAACAGAGGGACAAGACGGGGGACCACUGACUUCCCACCAGAGAAUUUCCCAGGGAACAUAAAAAGAUGGGGAGAGGGGAUGGACGGGAGUAUUCGCCAGCCGCCACCAACGCGGACAAUGGUGGGGGCAAAAAGAAGCAGAAAGAGAAGGAAAUGGAUGAGCUGAAGAAAGAAGUGACGAUGGAAGAUCAUAAACUAACUUUGGAAGAAGUGGCACGAAAAUAUGGAACUGAUCUGGUGAAGGGUUUGACAAACGCUCGCGCAGCAGAGGUAUUGGCCCAAGAUGGACCUAACGCCCUAACACCACCUCCAACCACUCCAGAGUGGGUGAAGUUUUGCCGCCAGUUGUUUGGUGGCUUUUCCAUUCUCCUCUGGAUUGGUGCAAUCCUCUGCUUCCUGGCGUAUGGAAUUCAAAUUGCAAUGGAGGAUGAACCUAUUAAUGACAAUUUGUACCUCGGAGUGGUCUUGGCCGCUGUUGUCAUUGUCACAGGAUGUUUCUCUUAUUAUCAAGAAGCAAAAAGUUCAAAGAUCAUGGAUUCUUUCAAAAACAUGGUACCCCAGCAAGCACUCGUCAUCCGAGAAGAGGAAAAGAUUCAAAUCAAUGCUGAGCAUGUAGUGGUCGGUGACCUGGUGGAGAUAAAGGGAGGAGACCGUGUACCUGCAGAUAUCAGAAUUAUCUCAUCACAUGGUUGCAAGGUGGACAAUUCGUCUUUGACUGGAGAGUCUGAACCACAAACCCGAUCACCAGAAUUCACUCAUGAAAACCCACUGGAGACCAGAAAUAUUUCUUUCUUCUCCACCAACUGUGUAGAAGGUACAGCCAAGGGUAUUGUCAUAGCCACUGGAGACCGCACAGUGAUGGGCAGGAUUGCCACUCUGGCUUCAGGUCUAGAAAUGGGCCGAACACCUAUUGCCAUGGAGAUAGAACACUUUAUCCACAUCAUCACUGGAGUCGCUGUCUUCCUGGGGGUCUCCUUUUUCGUCCUGUCACUUAUCCUAGGGUACUCUUGGCUGGAGGCAGUCAUCUUCCUUAUCGGAAUCAUUGUGGCUAAUGUGCCAGAGGGUCUUCUGGCCACUGUGACAGUGUGCCUGACACUAACAGCUAAGAGGAUGGCCCGUAAGAAUUGCCUGGUUAAAAAUCUGGAAGCGGUGGAGACCCUUGGAUCGACCUCCACCAUCUGUUCCGAUAAAACAGGGACAUUGACACAGAAUCGAAUGACCGUCGCACACAUGUGGUUUGACAAUCAGAUUCAUGAAGCAGAUACCACAGAGGAUCAGUCAGGUGCCACCUUUGAUAAACGUUCCCUGACCUGGACUGCCCUGUCCCGCAUCGCUGGCCUCUGUAACCGCGCUGUAUUCAAAGUUGGCCAAGAAAACACACCUAUCUCAAAAAAAGAAACUGCAGGGGAUGCCUCUGAGUCUGCCCUGCUCAAAUGCAUUGAGCUGUCUUGUGGAUCUGUGAAGAAGAUGAGAGACCGCAAUCCCAAAGUGGCUGAAAUUCCAUUUAAUUCUACAAACAAGUACCAGCUGUCAAUUCACGAGCGAGAAGACAAUCCGGAAGGCCACCUACUGGUGAUGAAAGGAGCCCCGGAAAGAAUCCUUGACCGGUGUUCCACCAUCAUGGUACAUGGCCAGGAGGUGACUCUGGAGGAGGAAAUGAAGGACGCUUUCCAAAAUGCUUAUUUUGAGCUUGGAGGACUGGGGGAGAGAGUAUUAGGCUUCUGCCAGGGGCACAUGUCUCCCACAGAUUUUCCACGUGGAUUUAAAUUUGACACUGAUGAACUCAACUUUCCCACCGAUAACCUGUGCUUCAUAGGGCUCAUUUCCAUGAUAGACCCUCCAAGAGCUGCCGUACCUGACGCAGUUGGAAAAUGCCGCAGCGCAGGAAUCAAGGUGAUUAUGGUCACUGGUGACCAUCCGAUUACAGCAAAGGCCAUUGCUAAAGGUGUGGGCAUUAUCUCAGAGGGAAACGAGACGGUGGAGGACAUUGCAGCUCGGCUAAACAUCCCGGUUAAUCAGGUGAACCCCAGAGAGGCCAAGGCUUGUGUGGUCCAUGGUUCUGACCUUAAAGACAUGACGUCUGAACAGUUGGAUGACAUUCUGAAAAACCACACAGAGAUCGUGUUUGCCCGGACAUCCCCUCAGCAGAAGCUGAUCAUUGUGGAGGGCUGCCAGAGAAUGGGCGCCAUUGUAGCUGUAACUGGUGAUGGUGUGAACGAUUCCCCAGCUUUGAAGAAGGCCGACAUUGGCGUGGCUAUGGGUAUAGCAGGAUCUGAUGUCUCAAAGCAAGCUGCAGACAUGAUCUUAUUGGAUGACAACUUUGCGUCCAUUGUGACUGGAGUGGAGGAAGGACGUCUAAUUUUUGAUAACCUGAAGAAGUCCAUUGCGUACACGUUGACCAGUAACAUCCCAGAGAUUACCCCUUUUCUAUUCUUCAUCAUUGCCAACAUCCCCCUGCCACUGGGCACAGUUACCAUCCUCUGUAUAGAUCUGGGCACUGACAUGGUACCUGCUAUCUCCCUGGCCUAUGAAGCUGCCGAGAGUGACAUCAUGAAGAGACAACCAAGAAACCCCAAGACCGACAAACUGGUGAACGAGCGGCUAAUUAGCAUGGCAUAUGGACAAAUUGGAAUGAUCCAGGCACUCGGCGGAUUCUUCACCUAUUUUGUAAUCCUGGCAGAGAAUGGAUUUCUGCCUUCACGUUUGCUAGGGAUCCGCCUAGACUGGGAUGACAGAUCUUGCAAUGAUGUUGAAGACAGCUAUGGGCAGGAAUGGACCUACGAGCAACGUAAGGUGGUGGAGUUUACAUGUCACACUGCAUUCUUCGCCAGUAUUGUGGUUGUCCAAUGGGCUGAUCUGAUCAUCUGUAAAACCAGGCGCAACUCAGUCUUCCAGCAAGGAAUGAAGAAUAAGAUUUUGAUCUUCGGAUUGCUGGAAGAGACUGCUCUGGCUGCCUUCUUAUCAUACUGUCCCGGAAUGGACGUAGCUCUAAGAAUGUAUCCACUAAAAGUUACCUGGUGGUUCUGUGCCUUCCCUUACAGUCUGCUUAUCUUCCUGUAUGAUGAAGUGCGGAAGUUUAUCUUGCGUCGUGAUCCAGGAGGUUGGGUGGAGAAAGAAUCAUACUAUUGAGGAGUCUGUUUCAAAUGGAACACUCCAAGUUGAAGCUCUUAGGCUUUAUAUUCUUAGACGGAAGUUUGACUGAACGGUACAGAGAGAAGAAAACCAACUUAUUAAUUAAACUCAAGUUCCAAUUUUCCAGCACCAGUUCCAGCUGUUCCUUUACAACGAGUUCCUCUACAAAGAGGGAUAGCAGAUUAACAAGAGACAAUCUAUAUUUGAUUGUAGAGCUAAGGGUGGACUUGGCCAACUUUUGAAGAAAUACAUUUCCCCUAAUCAAGGAAGAAUAACAUCUUCCAUAGCUGAAAAGUCUGCUACCAUCGGAUUUAACAUCAAUGAAACCAACCUUCCAAAAUAACAUAGUGCAGGCUGUCUUGAAAAUAUGAAAACACGACUUGCAAUGUUUUGUAAAUUCGGCUAAAAACAUGCACUCUUCCAAGGUCACCUUCCUUUGUCCAUUCUACGUGAUAUGUGUGAUAAAAUGUAGAUUCUUAUUUUUGGCUUUCCUCAAGAGCCCCCCUCAAAAUACUUCACCCACCUACCCAAUAGGUUUACAAAUAUAUUUCUAUAAAUAUGGAAAUGGGAUGGUCAUGUUAUUAAGACACUUCUAGAAACACAAGAAUGGAUAUAUAUAACCCAUGCACAUGAUUUCCCAGUGUAAUUUGUAGUACAACUUCACAUCACUGGGACAAGGACAUCUGAGCAAACAUAGACUAUUCAUUCAUGAUCUUCCACACAUAACUCCAACUCCAAAAUGAUACUUAGUAAUUCUCUGCAGAGGAGAUAUUUAACUUUAUGGGGGGACAACGUCUGCAUAAGGGAUUGGUGAACUAGACCCUCAUGUUCUAAACUUUUCAACUUGGGUUAUUGAUCCAACUAGUCUUACAUUGACUGUCCCAGUGGAUUUUAACUCAGUGCAAAGGACCAUUUAUCAUUUAUUCUAGCGAAUAGAGUGGAAUGAAAUUGGGGUUUUGCAUAAUUUUGAUGUUGCCACUGGAGUGAAGACUCUCCAAAUUAUCACCCCUUCUUAAUACUCUCUAUCAUAUACGUUAUCUAACAAUUUCAGCAAUGAUCAUUUUAAUUGAGGUCCUUGGUAUAACUAUUGAUAUCAAUAAUGAGCAAAACUGUUUCAAAUUUAUGUAAUCUCAUGCAUGAAACCUGUGUACAAGAAAGUAAAAAAAA